GAGGUUGGGGUGGGGCGGUGUUCCCACAGUCGGUGAGUCGGGGAGGUGAUGCAGUGCCACUCAGUGCAGUGCCACUCAGUGCAGUGCCACUCAGUGUAGUGCCACCCAAUGCAGUGCCAGUUUCGGGUGAAGUGAUAAUUUCUACGCAGUGCCUCACUGCUUGUGCUCGUCUUCGGCUGCAGUUCCAGCAGUGACGGAAGAAUCAGUGGCCAAAGGCACUUUGUAGGUGCCAUAUUGACUGUGACCUCAGAGUGGUGGUGCCACCUUCCCCUCCCAUCUCACCUACUAGGUCACAGUUGUUCGUGAGGUUACUCAAGAGGUACAUCCGCUCUGGAGGUCAUCUAGGGUCACCUAAAGUCAGUGAGGGACCAAGACACCGGCUGAACCAGCCACUCCACGGGUCAACCAGGGGUCAAAUUUACCCCAGGAAUCACCAGAGAUAACAGCCACCUCCCAGUCAUUCAUCAGGUCACUCCAGGUUAUCUUCGGGAUGAUGGUGGUGGAAUGGUAGAGGCGAGGGUGACCCCAGCAGAGUCAUUCAAGUUUACAUCACUCUACACGUUCAACAUUUCAGGUUGAAAUGCCACAGAGAGUCCGCAGGAGACAAAUGAUUGUUGUAGACGACCGUGAUCCAGUCGGAGAGCUACCUCCACCCUUCCCUCCCAGGAACAUCGAGGUCAAGGAAGAUGUGGACAUGCGCAAGUUCUACAACCUGAAGAAGGAGAUAGGGAGGGGCAGGUUCGGCACUGUGUACCUGGCAGAGGACAAGAGCACGGGACAAAAGUUCGCAGCUAAGUUCGUCAACACCAAAAGGAACCAGGACCGAGCUAACGCCGAGCGGGAGGUGGAGAUCAUGAAAUCUCUCAACUCCGACUCUCCUCAUCCCAGGCUUAUACAGCUCUAUGACGCCUACAACAUGACAAAGGAAAUGUGCCUUGUCCUCGAGAUAGUGGAUGGUGGAGAACUGUUCGAAAGAGUGAUUGAUGACGAUUUUGUCUUGUCCGAGAAAGCCUGCACCGUAUUUAUACGUCAGAUCUGUGAGGGCAUAGAGUUUAUACACUCCAAGAACAUCCUGCAUCUGGACAUGAAGCCGGAGAACAUCCUGUGCUUGUCGCGGGAGGGCAACAGAAUUAAGAUCUGCGACUUCGGGCUGGCUCGCCGCUAUGAUCCACGCAAGAAGCUACAAGUUCUCUUUGGCACACCAGAAUUUGUAGCCCCAGAGGUCGUCAACUUUGAGCCCAUCAGCUUCGGCACUGACAUGUGGAGCGUCGGCGUCAUCACCUAUGUCCUGCUGUCAGGUUUAUCACCAUUCAUGGGUCACAACUACGUGGAGACGAUGACUAACGUGACGCAUAACAAAUACGACUUUGAGGAUGAAAGUUUCAAGAGUGUCUCAGACGAGUCCAAGGAGUUUAUCCAGAAACUGUUGGUGCUGGAUAAAAGUUUGCGCCUGACCCCUGCACAGUGUCUCCGCCAUGACUGGCUAAGAAGGCCACCCCCCUCCACCUUGCGCUACAGAUGCCUAGAGUCUGAGGGCGGGUCUGAGGGCGAGUCUGAGGGGGAAUCUGAGGAAGAGUCUGAGGAAGAAUCCGAAUCAGAAGACUCAGAGACUGACAACUCACUCACAGAGGAGAAGAUUGCAAAGGAGGAAAAGGAAAAUGAAAAGGAGAGGAGGAGGAGAGAUAAUGAACAGAUAAAAAACAUUGAAAUCAAGAGAAAAGAAUUGGAAAAACAAAUGGAAGAAAAGAAGAAAGACUUAGAAAAACAAAUGGAAGAAAAGAAGAAAGACUUAGAAAAACAAAUGGAAGAAAAGAAGAAAGAACUGGAAAAAAAGGCAGCGGCUAUAAAACAAGAGGAGGAGCUGGAACGAACAAAAAAACAACUGAAGGAAUUUGUGGAGAGAUGGAACUCCCAUCCUAACUCGCCAUAUCUGGUGGGGACACCCAUUCCACUGGAUCUACAGCGGCUAGUCAGGACAGGUGGCUGGAACUCCAGAGCAUCCUUAGCAUCCUUUGCCUCUAUGGCUGUGGCACCCCCAUCUGACAUUGCUGACCUCUCACACCUGGAGGAAGAUGUGUUUACCUUCAAUGACCUGGAUGCUGUAACUAAUGAGGAGGCACUAAUUAACAAUGUGGAUAGCCAAGAAGAUUUCACACUGUACACAAUAGAGCCCACAGCACCCCUCACCAAGCAACCAUCACCAGAGGAAGUGGCCAAAGAGCUGGAGGCUAAACUGAUACAACUGCAACUGGAGGACACAACAGUAUCCAGCAAGGAUACAAGUACAGGUGAAGGUAUCUACCAUAAUCCUACAACAUGCACAACUAGAACUAAAUUUGAUGAUAUGCAAGAAGAACUGAAUGAGAUUUUGAAACUACAGAAUACAACAAAAAAUGCAAAGAACAAAACUGUACUAAAUGAUGUAGCUAAUAAUAGUAAGGAUAAAAUUAAUAAAUAUAAUGAAGAACAGGCAAAGGCUAAAGAUAUCCUUAAUAAAAAAGAAGAGCAAAGGAAGCCUAAUGAUAUACUGAUAAAUAAGGAGAAAGAACCCCUAGAAAAGGUUAUUGAGGUACCACACAAAAUGAGUGCAGAAUCUAUGGAAAAACACAAGAGAGCAUAUGAAGAACGGAAGAAAAUGAAAGAUAUGGAUUCAGACCAGCCAAAAGGCAAAGAAAAUAAUGGGAGAAGCAGCAUCAGCAACCAUCAGGAUCAGGAGAAACCAAAGAGUGUAGAUAGAAAAACAAUGAGAGAAUCAAAAUCCAAAAUAUCUGAGGAGCUGCCUGAGGCUGAAAAGAUCAUUAAUGACAUACUGAGGGUAGAUCACAAGAGUGCAUAUGAGGAAUAUAAGAGAAUGAUGGCCGAGUCACAGAUGAAGAUUGACGAGAAAAAGGCAAAUGAAAGCUUUGGGCUUGGGGGAGUAAUUUCAAGACAAAGAAAAAAGUCCCUAUCACGUUCAGAACAGGGAGGUAGCAACAGAGAUAGCACCUCUCGAGGCACAACUUCCAAAAACAGCGAAGAACGGGAAUACAGUCCCAGAGGCUCAAGAGGUUCAACUCCAACCAAGCAGCUCAAGAAACAGCCCUCUAGAGAUGUGCCUCUUCCAGUCAAGAACACAGAUAGGGAAGAUCAAGGAGCAACACCAGUUCUUCAUGUGUCUUUGAGAGUUGGCUCUUUACCUUCUGCCACCAAUGAUAAUGACAGUUUACACAGCAUUGAAAAGCAAAGCUCUGUUGAUAUGAUGCCAGGGAGUCCUACCCGAAGGAGCCGAAAGACUUCACGUGAGGAGCGUCCACCCUCCAGAGAGUCCGAUAGGAGUACCCGGGGAGGAACUCCUGUUAGCAGUAGCCAUCGGCGACCUUCUCGAGAUGUUCCCCUCAGUCCUGCUCAGUUGGAACGCCUGGAUGCAAGCUUUAGCCUGAGUAUCUCUGACCAAACAUUUCCUCAGUCACAAGCUUGGCCUGACAUUAUUGUUGGGCCUCAAGGUGAAGAUAGUGAAGACUUGCCAGAUUAUAAAGAUUCUUUAGAUAUUCCGGUUGCAACUCUAAUGAAGAGUCCAAGUGGAACAUUGUUAUCUGUCCCAGGGGUGACAGUUUCUCAAGUAAACAAGCAGGCAUUAAAUGAUCCCUCACCUCCGAGUCCCAACCAGGCAAACGAUGAGACAGUUGCCAAAGAUGAGCAAGCCUAUGUCCCAAACAACAAGCUAGUUGCAUGGAUACUCGAUAUUGGCACAAAGCAAGUUCAACAAACUUCAUCUGUCAGCAUGUCUGAUCGUGUGAACCAGUGGGAAUCAAGAGAUUCUUCCCCCAGACUAACCCCUUCUCCUUCCAGAGACAGAUCUCCACGGCCUAGAGAGUUAUCUCCAUUGCCUACUGGAAAAGAGAGAGAAAAAUCUCCCACAUUGGCGAGGCCACAGCCAUUUCAGCCUUUAUCACGGGAGGCAUCUUCUGAUAGUCUUUUCAUCCAAACACCUUGGGGGACCCUGAAACGUUCUCCAUCCAAGAGUAGCUUAUCAAAAACUCAGUCUUUUGAAGCUCCUUCCACAAAGAUAGGAGAAAUGACAUCAACUGUGCUCGGUAGUACAGAUUUGUCAUCAGAAAAAUCUGAUGACAGCACAUACACUGACAAUGCAACACAAUCUCGGUCUCCUAAAGCAGUGGGAUCAAAGUUAAUAAGACAAUUAGCUGUGGAGGUGACAGACUCCCAGCCUGCCCACAGGGUUAGCAGUGAUAUACCUCCCAAACCUCCAGAAAGGAAUAAAGAAACAUAUAAAAGUGAGCAAGAAGAUGAUAGACCUGCAGUCAAACAAGAAAAUAAUGAAAGAAAAGUUUUAAUCGAAAAAAUACAUAAUGAUAGAACUGAAAUCAAGCAAGAAGAUAAUGGUAGAACAACUACAGUCAAGCAAAAUGUUAAUAGAACUGAAAUCAACCAAGACAAUCAUAGAACUGCAGUCAAGCAAGAUGAUUUUAAAAGCUACACACUGCCCAGAUCAUCAAAACUUAUGAAACAGAGGUCAUCAGAUUGUUUAAAUUUGUAUUCAAGUGACAAGAAGCAAGACAUCAAGAAGCCUCCACCUAUUGAUAUUAAGAAAAUUAAUGAAGACUAUAACACUCAAAGUCUAAAGAGAAAAAGCAAAUUCCCUCCUUCACCAAACCAAAAGAAGAAAAUUGGUCCCAUGCUCUUUUCUGCUCAGGAUCGAAUAUUUCAGUUUGAGCAAAAGCCUACGUUCAGUCACCCACCACAGCAACCCAUCACUAGAACCAGAAGUAAUGUUGUUCUUUCACUUUGCUCUGAGAAGGUAUCAAAUGAUGUUAACAAGAAUGGCUUGCGUGGGGCUAAAGUGAAUGACAAGACUCAGGUCGGGUACCUGAGGACAAGGCUCCUGGAAAAAGUAGGCAAGAGUACACCUACACUGCCUGAGGAACCAGGCCAGGGUGAAGACUCAAUCAGUCAGAGUACCACUAACAAUAAAAGGAAUAGUGCUGGUGGCUCCGGGCCCUCCCACCUCCGUUAGCAAACCUCUCACACGCAGUUUCACUUUACAAGGUGUAUGAAUGUUAAACUCCUAAAGCAUCUGUAUUAAGUUUAUGAAUAUAUUUGAGAAGUGCCAGGCUGUGCCGUCACUCACUGGACAUAAAUGUGUGAGAGCAACUCAUUUCCCUCCAUCAUGCAUAUUUAACCAUAUCACAAUAUCUGUUACUGUUAGAAAACUUUGCAUGUUUAUGACCACAGAAUAUAAAAAUUACACAAUCAUUUGUCAAAGUAUUACUUUUUCACCUUACAUACAUACACACACACACAAAUACACAUACAGUAUAUAGUACAGAAAAUUAUACCUGGUGAUGUUUCUAAUCAUCAUGUCAACAACACUGUGACCAGCAUUAUCACGCUUUGACAAAUUAUGUUCGCAAAGGCAGCUUUCAUAAGGAAGAAUUUUGUCACUAUUGCUUUAUAAGCAUGUUAAAUUUUUUUGCAUUAUUAUAAAUGAAACUUGUACAAG